AUGGGUAUCGAGGGACGCAAAGCUCCCCCAUUGCCUGCCCCCACCGAGACUGAUACCACCACCGGAACAAGUGACUUUGGUUCUCGAGUUACCACAAACACAGUAAAGAGCGACUUCACUCUACCAGAGGACGGUAGUCCCAUCACAGUAUCUACACGGCGCAAGAAGGGUUCUAAAGACGGCCCAGGCCACCUCUCCACGAAGUCGCAGACAUCACUACUCAUCGAAUAUUUCGAGGGUGGGAAGGACGGCAAAAGCGAGUCUCGACGUCCAUCUGUAAGAGUAAAGGUUACGCCAUCCAAAGGCAAAGGCCGAUCAGCAAACGACCACAUACAAAUCACCGAGCAGAAAGGCUCUCGAAAGCCGUCGUAUACUCAACGAAUCCCGCUCACCCCCGCGAAAAGCGAUAGACAUCUGGAUGGAGAAGGCGAUGAUAACAGCACGAAUUCGUACCGAUCAGCCACCGAGGAAUCUAACGUCACAUCUCGAGGAGGAGGUCCAAUUGAGGUGGAAAUUAUGUCUAGAAGACAUGGAAGCCCUCUGAUACCUACCGGCGAGAGCAGUACCUCGAAAUAUGUCCAGCAUAAUGCUUCUGAUAUCUCCUCGAUGCCUACAGAUAGUUUUCUGGAUGGCCCGACACGGUCGCCCGAACGUAAGGGUAGUCGCAGUUUAUCACGAGGAGAAGCCUUGGCUGCUGGCGCUGCCACAGGCUUAGUGGCAGGCGCAGUGGCAGACAAAUUAAAGACACCUACGCGCCGAAGGAGUCGAAGUCUCAGCCGGGAACGAAUAGUGGCUCAAAAAGCAGUGGAGAAGGUUCGGGGCGAGAAGUCAGAACGCCGGCGCAAGCAUAGGAGCAGGAGUCGGAGUGUGAGCGGUGAACAUUUAGAAACUGUCAAGUCACCGGAACGUCGACGGCGAUCAAGUCGAAGCCAUCAUGAGGAUUCUAUGCUUACUGGUGGAACUGGUGGAGAAUCGAGUCUCCUAAGUUCUCACCUCAGCGGCAAAUCAGGCGAUGCAUAUUCAUUCAGGUCUGGUACCUCGAAGUCAUCGAUCAAUAACCCGAAACUCCUCGAGACGGUCGAGGAUGCAAUUCGGAGAUUGAUUUUACCUGAAUUGACGGCUUUGAAAAGAGAGCAGAGCAAGCACACAUCCCGUGAUAGAAGCCGCAGAGGAUCCAUCACAUCUGGAAGCGGGGUCUCGAGAGAAUCAAGGGAGGACAGCUCUAAUUCGAGACGAGUGUCAGGAAGCGGCACGGAUGUCUCGAACAAGCCGAAAGUAACUCUUAAUGAUACAGAAGUCCUUUCUGGAGACUCUGUCAAAGGGCGCAAGGACAGGACUCUGGAUCGCGUCAGGAAGGAAGAUUCUCCGAGAAGCUUUGAGCGCGGCUCUUCGGAAGAGACUGCUAUUCAAGAUGGAGACCAGGUGCGUAAGAAGCGAAGUAGUGAUCGGAACCGUGGAAUCGAAGCUGCGGCUCUGGGGGCUGGAAUUGGUUUGACUGCCGCAGCGCUUCACAAGCAUCAAUCUCAAGAUUCACUGGAAGAGAAGAAGGAGCGUAGACGACGGAGGACUAAGAGUCGUAGUCGAAGCGAAAUCUUGGCCGAGAGUUAUGAGGAACGGGAGGAAGUCGUGCCACCAAUGCCCCUUUCCAGUGAAAUUAAUCCUUCAGAGAUUACACGGAGCUCUAUUCUCUCAGCAGCAACAGAAAGACCUCAUUCCGCAAGCGAGGAGCACCUGAAGACCCCAAUUCGAGAAGUACCUCGAGGUUUUGUAUCGCCAAAGUCACCAUCUCGAACACCUACACGGACACCUGUUGCUCUUCAGCAAGGUCUAGGAACUCAGCAUUCAAACUUCUCACGUGGAAACUUGAGCCUUCAUAGCCAAAACAGCGAGCAGCAGUUGCGUGGUCAGGAAUACGAGUUGGAUGAGCACGGCCGAAAAAUCCCCAUGUAUGAGCAUGAAGACGAGCAUGUGGAGCAUGAAUCUCACGGGGAAUCUCGCGCAUUGGCGGCUGGAUUAGCUGGCGCAGCAGCAGGGGCUGGUCUGGCAGCAAUGCAUCACCGAGACGAUGAUCAUGAAGACUCGGAGCUCAUGGAGGACGAAGAUCAUUAUGGCUAUCUCCAAAACACACAGGAAGUGCCUCCGCCUUUGCGUUAUGUUCCCUACGGCCAUGAAAGACGAGGCUUGAGUCCAAUUCAAAGUGUCUCUGGCUACACUGAAGGUGACCCCGAACCUCAACGGGAUUCAAAAUUCACUCAAAGCACGGCUUCAUACUCCUCGUUGAACAAAUCUACCCCUCACAAGUCUUCUGGAAGAUCAACCAAAUCAUAUGACUCUUUAGGCAAUCAAAAUCAUCAUGACUUCCCCGAAGUUCGACAAGGAGGCCUCACUGAUUCCGAGCUCACCCAAGAUGGAGAUUACUGGGAAGAGCAACAUCAAGAGAACGACCGAAAUCGCCAUCUUGAUUCAGAUAGCUAUCGCAGCUCUGACCCGCGUAUUGACUACAAACAUAUGACCAACUACACCGAUGACAGUAUGGAUAUGGACCGACUUUCGGCAGGCCAGAAUGUUCGGGGCAUUGCGCAAAAUGCCGAGUACGUGCAUACCCCAGUUGGAGUCGAAUCAGCAGUUGCUUCUCUUGUGAAUGCCUCAGAUCUCACCGGUGUAUCUGCAUCUAGAUACUCUGGAAACAACAACGAGCAGUAUGAUCGGAGAGGAUCUUAUGCAUCUUACGACGACGGCUCCGAGAAACAGUUCACCAGCCGUGGAAAUAGUCCAACGAAGCGGGAUAUGGGCUCCGAUCGAGGUACUUCAAGUCAACGGAACAGCCCAUCAAAAUAUACAGAAGAGUAUGAACUCGAUGAGCACGGACGUAAAGUUGCGAUGCCCAAAUACGGCAGUUCUCAUACUGCCGAGAAGGCUGGGUUAGCUGGCAUCGCAGCUGGGGCCGCAGCUGCUGUUCUCAGAAAUCGCAAAGAACAACAGACUGAGGCAGAUCAAAUCAGUUACGAAGAUCGACAGGAACAUACUGGUGCACCUUUGAACAAAUCGUUCAAGGAGCGUGCCAUGGAAGGACAAGGGCAGAUGCCAUCUCCACGUCAUAGCAUCGAUGCAGCAAUGAGUGAAGCAGCCAGUCAUGCUAGUCAUGAGAUACAAAUGGGAGCGAGUGGCCUUCCAGAUAUGAAUUCUCCAAUGCCGGAAAUUGGUUACGGAGAUGACGCUUCAGACGUCGAUACUAACCCAUCAAUAAUCAAGGGGCCGAUUGGAGGCUCACAGGAGGGAGCCAGAGAUCAUUGGCCAGGUCAUGCAACCCCGCCUCCGAAAAUUGGUACCCCGGUAAGAAAUCGAGGUAGAAAGUCCGAUGCAAACCUGAAGGCUGCGGAAGCUGCUCUUGUUGGGUCAGCAGCCGUAGCUGGAGGUGCCGCUGCUCUCCAAGGCCACAGUAGAGAAAACAGCCAUGAUCAUGAAGAAGAAUGGGCCAGAACUUCUGGGGACCGGAAGAGAGACACCCUCAUCACAAAUCCGUACGAAGGCACAAGCCCAAUUGCUGCCCUUGGAGUUGACCCCAAUCUCUUGCCGCAUUCUGGCUACGGUGCAAAUCAGGAUUAUGGUCAUCCAAAGAUGGGUUACCCAACUGGAAGUCCAGGUGCAUUGAAAGAUGAAGGAUACAUCUCAUCUGCACCAAAUGCACGUUCUGCCGGUGCCAUUACUCCUGAGCAACGCUUGAAGGGAGUUGGUUUCCUUGAUGAAGAGAUUGGAGGCGCAGCGGAUGCUUUGGCUGGGGGCGAUCCUUUUUAUACCCCAAAGCAUACGCGGCAUCUCAGCGGCAUGUCCCAUGGUAUGGGCUCGCCUAUUUAUGACAGUUCUACAGGAAAUGGCAUCGAUCGAAUUCAGUCAAAGGAUAUCGUUGCUCUUAUGGACCAUCUUACCGUCCGUGACGCUCAACGAAGCGCCCGUGAUACCGAGAUUCUCGUGACUCUUGUCCGAGCUGCUGCUGAAAUGCGAAAUUCGUUCGAGGAUGUGAAACGUUUACUAGCAAGUGCAGAAGAUCAGAUUAUCAAUGAAACUGAAGACAAUACCGAGAGAAUCGUUCAAAAGGCGAUCAACGGUCCCAGACCUUUGCCCCAAAGUGCCAACCGUUCGAUACGACAAGGUUCUCAGGACGACCCGUACGAUGACAUUCCCACAAAGAAGCAGAACGUAUUCAAAAGAGCGCUAAAGGGAUUGGGCAUGAAAAGUGCCAAUGAUCUUGGUAGGAUUGAAGAUAUGCUAGUCCAACUACUAGGAGAGGUAGAAGGAUUAAAAGCUGCCCAGGGUCUUAAAGAAAUGAAUCCCGGAGAGUCAUUCAGCGACUUGCAUCAAGAAGGCAACUAUGAGAAUGAUCGUGGUUAUGAACCAGAGGGCAAUGCCGGGACGUCUACUGCAAGCCAUGCUAGCCAAUCUGGCCAUCUUUCUCUUCCGUUGUCACGGGGACCAAGUGUGGCCAGGGGGGCUGACGCGCGAAAAUUCUCGGAUCAUCGUAUCAGUACUGUACCUGAAGGUGAUGAGGAAGAACUCGAACAUCACGAGCAGACAAUCCUUGAUAAUCAGUUCGAGAACAAUGAGCAGCUGCUGACGCCUACCCGGGAGUUCACCCGUGGAGGGUCUGCUCCUCUUGGAACGCCGCCUCAACAGAAUAUUGCGCCUGCCUCUCUUAGCAACGAGAACACGCCGAGAACUGAGAAGAGCAAGAAGCACAAGUCAAGUAGCUCUUCUGGUUGGAUUCCAAAGAUCUCUCGUUGGUCUGAAACAACAGCCUCGACUGUCCUUCGUGGAUUCAGAAGCAGCGGACAAAGCAGUGGCAGGAAAGGCGACGAUCAGUUCGCAGAACCUCCUUCGCGAUCUGGCUCCGAUCUUGGUAACUAUACCGAACACGACCCUUACGGCGAAGACAAGCUCCACUCAGGCUUUUCCCAGGACCAACUCGAACAAUACAACUCCAACGAGAACUCCCCGCCCAUGCCAUCCCUACUGCCCCCAGAAGACCCCAAAUACAAAGCCCACCGCAACUCCCUGAACCUCCAGCACCCGCAACCCCGCCCUGGCCCAACACAUCGCUACCAAACGGCCCUCGAGUCCCAAGCCCACGAUUUCGACUCCCCCGUGUCCCCAAAAUCCCUCGACUGGGGCUCAAACACAUCUCUCAACCGCCUCCCGCAGCAGUCCAACCGGUAUAGCAAUGGCACGAAUAAUACCGGUCGCAUGUCUCCCAUUUCCGACGGUCGGUAUUCAAACCCUAGUCAAGCGACAUCGAAUCAAGCCCCUGCUCCUGCUCGUCCACCAAAGGAACCCCUGACAUCAGCACCAGACAUACCAGCUAAAAUCCGGACAGGGAAGCUGCAAAAACCCAGUCCGCUCAGUAACGAGCAUUUGCAGGUAGAUGACUAUGAGCCAGGUGGAAGUCCAAGGUCAGCGGCGAGGAAAUUGUCGGGUCAGCUGGGUGGUGUUCCGGCGCGAAAGCCGACUGGGCCAAGGAGUAUGAGUAGUGCUUCGAAGAGUGGUGAUUUGGGGAGAGAUGAUACUGUUGUGAUUAGGAGGAAUAAGAAUAGAGAUACAUUCGGCACAAUCGCCAGUAAUCAAAGCGAGGAGUCUGAAACUUUUUAA